GAAGAGGCCUCCUCCCCUGGGGGGCCAGGGCACACCCCCAGGACAGCUGGGCCCAGCCUCCCUGUAGCCCCAGCCAGGGGAGUGCUGCGUGUGCUGUUGCGUUUCUGGGGUUUUAGCCUCCAGAGCCAGAGAAUACUGGGGAAGACUAUUAUUGCGAAAUGCAGCCCCCAGGGACCGGCCUGAGGGCAGGCCGAGGGCAUCUUGCUCAAUUCCGAGAUGCUCUGGAUGCAGUCUCUGGUUCUGGUUCCGGGUGGGCGGGUCGAGCAGGGUCUUCCCCCCACCCCCCUGUCCAGGGCUGGGGCUGCACACUGAACCCUGUGAACCGGGAAAUGGUUCCCUCCCUCCUUCCCUCACUCAGCUUGGUUCACGGGCCAGUCUUGUACGUCCCCUACCGGGUCCUGUGUCAUCGCCGCGAGCCUGACCGCUAUUGGCUGUCUGCGGACUUUCCGGCCCGAUUUGCAUGUUGCCCUGCGGGCCCUGCGUGCCUUUCUGUUUACUUCACUUCAGAGUGCAGGACAGCCAGACGCCAGCUCUGCCAGGCUGCAGCAACAGGCACUUGGGCACCCGACACCGAAGGGGGGCGGACAGCGGGCUGGCUGAGGUCCUGGGGGAGCGCCUGCUGUGGUCCUGGCCACCCGGACCGUGGGUGCCGCUUGCUGGAGCCAGCAGAUGGCUUCUUGGCCCUGGGAGCUUGCACUGGAAGGAGCAGAUGGAUUGUAAAAUCCAGAAUGGAAACGACCUUCGGGCCCGCCUUUUCGGCUGUCACCACCAUCACAAAAGCCGAUGGGACGAGCACAUACAAACAGCACCGCAGGACGCCCUCUUCCUCCAGCUCCCUCGCCUACUCCCCGCGGGACGAGGAGGACAGCAUGCCCCCCAUCAGCACCCCGCGCCGCUCUGACUCGGCCAUCUCUGUCCGCUCCCUGCACUCGGAGUCCAGCAUGUCCCUGCGUUCCACGUUCUCUCUGCCCGAGGAGGAGGAGGAGCCGGAGCCGCUGGUGUUUGCCGAGCAGCCCUCGGUGAAGCUCUGCUGCCAGCUCUGCUGCAGUGUGUUCAAGGACCCUGUGAUCACCACGUGUGGGCACACCUUCUGUCGAAGAUGCGCCUUGAAGUCAGAGAAGUGUCCCGUGGACAAUGCCAAGCUGACGGUGGUGGUGAACAACAUCGCGGUGGCUGAGCAGAUUGGCGAGCUCUUCAUCCACUGCAGGCACGGUUGUCGGGCAGUGGGGGGCGGGAAGCCCACUGUCUUUGAGGUGGACCCCCGAGGGUGUCCCUUCACCAUCAAGCUCAGCACCCGGAAGGACCACGAGGGCAGCUGUGACUACAGGCCUGUGCGGUGCCCCAACAACCCCAGCUGCCCGCCCCUUCUCAAGAUGAACUUGGAGGCACACCUCAAGGAGUGCGAGCACAUCAAGUGUCCCCACUCCAAGUGCACGUUCAUCGGAAACCAGGACACGUAUGAGACGCACUUGGAGACCUGCCGCUUUGAGGGCCUGAAGGAGUUCCUGCAGCAGACGGAUGACCGCUUCCACGAGAUGCACGUGGCGCUGGCCCAGAAGGACCAGGAGAUCGCCUUCCUGCGCUCCAUGCUGGGCAAGCUCUCAGAGAAGAUUGACCAGCUGGAGAAGAGCCUGGAGCUCAAGUUCGAUGUCCUGGAUGAAAACCAGAGCAAGCUCAGCGAGGACCUCAUGGAGUUCCGGAGGGACGCGUCCAUGUUGAAUGACGAACUGUCCCACAUCAAUGCACGGCUGAAUAUGGGCAUCCUAGGAUCCUACGACCCGCAGCAGAUCUUCAAGUGCAAAGGAACUUUUGUGGGUCACCAGGGCCCCGUCUGGUGUCUCUGCGUCUACUCAAUGGGGGACCUGCUCUUCAGCGGCUCCUCUGACAAGACCAUCAAGGUGUGGGACACGUGUACCACCUACAAGUGUCAGAAGACGCUGGAGGGCCAUGAUGGCAUUGUGCUGGCACUCUGCAUCCAGGGGUGCAAGCUUUACAGCGGCUCAGCCGACUGCACCAUCAUCGUUUGGGACAUCCAGAACCUGCAGAAGGUGAACACGAUCCGGGCCCACGACAACCCGGUGUGCACGCUGGUCUCCUCACACAACAUGCUCUUCAGCGGCUCCCUGAAGGCCAUCAAGGUGUGGGACAUUGUGGGCACCGAGCUGAAGCUGAAGAAGGAGCUCACCGGCCUCAACCACUGGGUGCGGGCCCUGGUGGCCGCCCAGAGCUACCUGUACAGCGGCUCCUACCAGACAAUCAAGAUCUGGGACAUCCGGACCCUUGACUGCAUCCACGUCCUGCAGACAUCUGGCGGCAGUGUCUACUCUAUUGCCGUGACGAAUCACCACAUUGUCUGUGGCACCUACGAGAACCUCAUCCACGUGUGGGACAUUGAGUCUAAGGAGCAGGUGCGGACCCUGACAGGACACGUUGGCACUGUGUAUGCCCUGGCGGUCAUCUCAACGCCAGACCAGACCAAAGUCUUCAGCGCAUCCUACGACCGGUCUCUCAGGGUCUGGAGUAUGGACAACAUGAUCUGCACGCAGACUCUGCUGCGUCACCAGGGCAGUGUGACUGCGCUGGCUGUGUCCCGGGGCCGGCUCUUCUCAGGAGCCGUGGACAGCACCGUGAAGGUGUGGACUUGCUAACAGAAUCCAGGCCAGGUCUUGGCUUCCUCUGGGCCUGACCUAGGCCUGUCUGAGUCCGGCGAGCCACAUGGCUGGUCUUGGGGUCUCUGCCUGCCCCAUGGGAACAGGCAGGCAGACUCAGCCAGGCAGACAGUGCCCUCCCCGCCCUGCGCCCAGUGAGCCUCCCUCUGCUUGGCCUUGUCAUCGUCACUGCCAGGACAGUGCCCAGCCCGUCUGGGUGCCAGGUACGACGCUCACCAGGCCCACCCUCCAUCCCCACUCCAGAUGGACUGUGGGCCUUUUUACUCACCUUUUCUACUGUUUUUAGACUGUAUAUAAAUUUGAUUAUUUCCUGAUUGAAAUAAAAGCUGCACAGACUGUG